UUGGAGGUGCCAGCGCCUGUGUUACACUUCGGCGUCGCCACAACACCGGCGCUUCGUUCACAUCGCGCGUGGAUCUCUCUUGGAAGCUUUGUCGUUCGUGGGGGAAUCGUGAGAGAAGGAAAAAAGACUAUCACGAAACGCCAAGAAUACAAGGAAAGCUUAAGCACUGCAGAGAGAGAGAGGACACACAAACGAACAAUCAAUAAGAGAAACGAGAGAAAGAGAGAAUACCUCGCUGGGCGCUUACAACAUCAAACGUAGACAUUCACACGUGUCGGAAAACACAGUGCACAGCGACGGAGCGAGUUUGCAAAUACGAUGGCAUUAGGCGGCAAAAUGUCCCCGGUUCGAGUCACAGACAUGCGGUGGGGGUGGGUCAGGAAGAACCUGCUCCUCAUCUUCACCUUCUCGGGAGUACUCUUUGGCGUCGGUCUGGGCCUUGGUCUACGAGCCGCCGGGCCAGACAGCACCACAGUAUUACUCAUCUCAUACCCAGGGGAACUCUUUAUCAGAAUGCUCAAGCUCAUGAUCCUUCCACUUAUUAUCGCUUCACUUAUCUCAGGAUCAGCCAGUCUCAACGCCAAGAUGAAUGGUCGCAUCGUGGUAAAGACAGUGCUAUAUUUUAUGGCCACUUCCCUCCUUAAUGCUAUAUUGGGGGUGCUGCUGGCUAUUGCUAUUCACCCGGGAUCUCCUUUGGCCAAAGAGGCUUUAUCGAGUGAGAUUACCGUGGCGGGUCCAUCAUCCACCGUUAAUAUUCUCGAUGGAUUUUUGGAUCUUGGCCGUAAUAUCUUCCCGGAAAAUCUGUUCCAAGCAUCUUUCCAACAGGUACACACUGUGUAUAACGAACAGUCUGUAGUCCAUGAAAACAUAACAGGCACAGGAGAGACAGAACAGAUCACCGAGCUUGUGCGAACGGUCAAGUACCGGGCGGGAACAAAUACCCUCGGCAUCAUCGUCUUCUGCCUCGUCUUCGGUACCAUUCUUGGGUCCCUCGGCAAGAAGGGAGCUGUGGUGGUCGAUUUCUUCACUGUGAUUGAUGCUGUUAUUCUCAAGAUCGUCACCGGAAUCAUGUGGCUCUCCCCCGUGGGCGUGGCGAGUGUGAUCAUGAGCAAAAUCCUGAUCGUCGAGAACCUGAGCACCGUCAUGAGCAACCUGGGCCUCUUCAUCGUAACGGUGGUGGUGGGGGUGCUAAUCUACCAAUGGAUUAUCCAGAACCUCAUCUACUUCUUCUGCACUCGCCGCAAUCCCUUCACCUUUUACAUCAACCUGCUGGAGCCAUGGGUUACCUCCUUCGCCACGGCAUCCACGUGAGUUGUGCGAGAGGGUGCCAAGUCUCCGGCACUACUCCCCCCCCCCACAGCGCGACAAUGCCACUCACACAGCAGUCUCUCUCUUUCUAUUUCUCUCAGCUGUUUUUUUCUCCUUCGUGUCCCCAAGGAGGAGAAAUCAAGGACCGUGUUCGCGCGAUCUUCAUUUGGAAAUUAAAUUUGAUUCUUGGUAUCAAUUCAUUUGUCUCUUCCCUGAUUCGGUUAUCCGAUGGAGAGUUUAUCAACGCUAUCAAAGUUAAUCAAAAUCUAUCAAAAAUUAAGAAAAUAAAAAAAAUAUAUACAUGUACUCUUUUUGUUUAGUCUAAAUCUAGAUUCGAGUCAUCAAUCAUCCGAUCCAUUAAGAUAACAAUCACAAUCACAAAACAAACAAAAUUUUUGGAUAAAGAGAUUCAAAUGCUGUUUUCAAACCGAGGCUUCAAGUUACCCAAACGAUGAUGACCAUAUAGUAAAGAACAAAAAAAAGAAAAAAAAAA